UAUUAAUUUAAUUUAAUUCUAUUAAUUUAAUAAUUUAUUGAUUUGAGAAUUUUAAUAUUUUAAAUUUAUAAUUUUAAUUUGGUAAUUUUAAGUUUGAGAAAUUUGGGGAGAUGAGUAAUGUAGUGGAGUUGCUGGUGGUAUUAUUGGACGAGAUAAGACCAGUGAAAACAGUGCCAACUGAGGACUGGAAGAGAAUAAUUAACAACGUCAAAUCUGACCUUAAAAACACGAAAAACUUCAUCUACGCCUCACCCGAUCCACUCCUCGAAGCUUUUUCAACCUUUCUCAACUCCUAUCUCUCCAACAAGUAUGGAUUACCAGGGUCAAAUCUCUACAACGCUCUCACACUUGGAAGAGUCGUCAAGGAGAAUGGAUACUUCAAUCAAAACUCUGAAACACAUUCCUCACUCGAUAACACUGUAACAACCGAUAACACUGUAACAACUGAUAACACUGUAACAACUGAAAAUACGGUAAAUACCGAGAAUACGGUAAAUACCGUAAAUACGGUAAAUAAGGAAAAUAGUGUAACGGUGGUAAAUGUUGUAAAUAAGGAGAACGGUGUAAAAAAUGUGGAUUUGGAUGGAGGGAGGAAAAAUACGUUUGUGAAUACCAUUAAAAGACUAUUCAAUAAACAAGAAGUGGAUGAGAGAAGGUAUUAUAGAGAUCCUUACAAGCUGAGGUCUGGCUCUUCCAAAGGUGGAUCACAACUCAUCCCCACCACAAGUGGGGAUAAUCACACAGAACAAACUGACAUCGUCAACACUAUUGAUGGAGUUGGUGUGGAUGUGAUUACUCCGUCACGGCAGGUGAUUCCUGCUAAUACCACUAUUGCUCCUAAUACUACUAUUGCUGCUGAUACUACUAUUGCUGCUAGUACUAUAGAUAUCGAGGAAAAUAUUACCCAUUCUGCUGCUUCCAUUACUAACACUAAUACUAUAGUAAAUACUGAGGAUAGUACGGAAAUUGCUGCUCCAGUAGAGACUACUACACCUAUUGCUACUGCUAAUACUGUAGAAAUUGCUGCUACAACUGCUGCUCCUACAACUACUACAGCUACAACUACAACUACAGCAAUGACACCUAACACCGUAACGCAAAACAUAUACAUCCCGUUGAAUAACAUAAUAUUGGAGAUGAGGAAUAUAAAUUUGUAUGUGGUGGCGUUGGAGAUGAUCCGUGCGAGUGUGCGGAAUGUGAAUUCGCAGCGUGACGUGUAUAACUACAGGGCUGUGGACCCCAGUGUCUUUGGCACUACGAGUGGCAUUGACUACUCAAUCCAAGUCAUCACGUCCAACGUCAAGCAGCAACACCAUAUCAACUUCGGCGACGUACUGAGACUAAAGAGAGUCGACGCCUUUGUAGUCAUGGAUAAACUCGGCAAGAAACAUGUCAACAUCAUCAUGUCACUCAAAAACUUCCCCACCAUGAGACUAUGGCACGCGGGUUUUUACGAAACGGUGCUUGGUCACACGGCACAUAACAAUUCUAAUACUACCACUACUACCAAUGGAGUGAAUGGAGUGAGUGAGGAAAAUACUACCGAUUCUGCUGCAGUAAAUACUGUGGAUACUGUAGAAGAUGUGAUGGGUACCGCUGGUACAAGCACCGUAACGGAGGUAAUAAACGUCUAUGGUGGGAUAAAAGUGAACAUAACAAACGAGGACGUGAGGAUAAUAGAAUUUCUAAAGAGUUGGUCAAGUAAAUUGAACCCGUGCCAGCUCCUGAGUUCGGAGUACUUAAGAAAGUUAACCGAUGCCUCGGAAAACCCGUACGAUUUUAUAGUUAAAGUUUUAAGAGUUUGGACCGCAGAAUUUACGCUACUGGUGAGUGACAGCAGCAGCAAGGCAAUUGUGAGUAAUUUCGACCCGAUCCUAGUGUCUAACCUGUUCAACAGCAGUAACCCCUUACAACGAGGCGACUGGGUCAAACUCAGAUCAUUCGUCAGAGUCUUCAAUGAUAAUAACAGAAUGAUCACACUUAGCACCACCAAAUACUCUUGCGUCACAAGAAUACCCAACCAACACACCAACGUCAUCGGAGACGAUGAUAAUAUGUUGGUGCGUGAGCGUCGUGUGAAUUUGGAUGUGUGGAGUAGGACGUCGUGUUUGAAUAAUAGUUUUCCGAAGCGAUUUAAGCGUUCGCCGACGUUUAUACAAAAGUUGCUAAGCACUCAGCCGACAGUCUCAUUUCAAAAAGCCUCACCAAACAGAAUCGUACCAGAACGCGAAGAAGGAGAAAUCUCACAAUAACACACAAUAUCACUAACUUUACCACUAACUAUUAGUAAUUAUCAAUUUUAUUAGUUUUACUUUGUAGUAAAGAGAAUUUUAGCCCAUUUGGUAAAGCAUUGAGUAAAGUAUUGAGUAAACAAUUGAGUAAAGAAUUUAAUGAGAAUUGGUAUGGAAAUGUAUAAUUUAAGGGAUUGGUUGAGAUUUAAAAGAAUUUAAAUGUUAAACAUUUUAAUAUGUAAUCAUACCAA